GUGAACAAAAACCGACCGGGAACAACGCACAUCAUUCGUAGAUAUUUGUUUUUCUUUCCGACGGCCGUGGAAACCGCUUCUGUGAAGUGAUAAGUGCAGUAUUAACUUCCUGCGAAACGCACACACCCCGACAUGAUGACGCUGUUCCGGCGCAUUCUUUUGACCGUAGUUGCGGCGCACCUGGCCAGCCAGGGAUCGAAUUCUGAGGUUAUCGAACUAGACGAAUCCAAUUGGGACCGUAUGCUCACCGAAGAAUGGCUGGUAGAAUUCUAUGCCCCGUGGUGUCCGGCGUGCAAAAGCCUUGCCCCGGUCUGGGACGAUCUUUCGACCUGGUCUGACGAUUUGAACAUUAAAACGGGCAAGGUGGACGUGACGUCUUCGCCAGGCCUCAGUGGCCGGUUUUUCGUAACGGCACUGCCCACCAUUUUCCACGUAAUCAACGGUGAGUUCCGUCAGUACAAGGGACCGCGUGAUCUGAACGCGUUCAUGACGUUCGUCGAGGAAAAGAAGUGGGAAACGCUCGAGCAGGUGUCCGCAUGGCGCAAUCCGGACUCGCUCCAGAUGUCCCUCGUGUCGCAGUUUUUCAAGCUUUCACACUUCCUGAAAGAACUUAACACGAUGCUGCUGAAGGAGUAUGGUCUGCCGGUGUGGGGAUCGUACGCACUGUUCGGUAUCGGAACCGUGCUGUUGGGCGCCAUCUUCGGACUGAUUCUAGUUUGCAUCAUCGACUGUCUGUUCCCUCCGAAGUCGGGCCAGCGGCAGAGCUUCUCCGAGCACAAACAGAAGGUCCGCGCCGAGAAGGUGCCAGAAGAACUGCGCGGUGACGAGCUGGUUGACGAUGUCGCGGACGCGGACGAUGUUGAAAAGGAGGAGGGUGAAGAGCGCGAAGAAGAAAAGGACACCUCAGAGGGAGAAAAGUUCUCUGCCAGUGAGGAUUCGGAUGAUGAAAACGAGCCUCCGAAAGCGAAAGAGACCGUGGCCCCGGUAGCCGUAGAAGAAGAAAAGAAGGAAAAGGCCACCACUAGCCCGGACGUGCGGAAACGUAAACCGCGGAAAGCCGAUUAAAUGGGACCAAGGUCUGCUGGUUGCCUGAACCUUGAGCGAUGUCGUACCGCAACAAACCGACCCGGGGAUCGGCCCCAAAGUGUUGCUUUAGUUCUUUUCUUGUGUUUUUUUACUUUUGAAUUCUGUGGUCCUCAUGGAACACUUUGAGAUAACUUCUCUUCAUUUCUCCAUAGCUUCCUCUCAGUUGUGCAUUUAAACACACCAGAACGUAAUACCUUCCAAUACUUUUCACAUUCGUUACGCUUUUCGUGUUAUGACCAUUAUUAAUUGUGCUACUUACAUUUUUAUAUCUUCUGUGCUUUAACAUGUUUUGCUUAGGCGCAUUGGUGUACAUUUAGUUCGGAUGCUAACGGCUACAUUGGAGAGACAGGAGAGCGCUUCAUGUAUUGGUGUAUGUGGCGCAUGAUAAAGUAAGCAAAAAACCCACUGUUUGGAACGUAACAGAAGGCACACACUACUCGAAAAUAAUGGAAUGUAUUUAAAAGAAAAACGCGGAUCACUACCGAAGCAGAAGCAAUGCGCAAGAGAACAGAGGAACGGAAGUGAAACAUAGACUUUAACAAUCUCAUGCAUGUACGAAAGACGAGAGAGGAAAUUAGACCGGCCGUGGCGAGGAGUGACGAUGAUUAGAUAAUGAGAAAUUAUUAAUAAAAUA